AUCAUCAACCAAUACUUUGUAAACACUGUUUUAAGGAUAACACGCACACACAGAGACGAUGCUGUGUCUGAAAGCCCGAACUCUCUUUUCCCCGUCAUUUUCUAACACUUUCUCACCUCCCAUACGCCUCCCCCACCUCAAACCCUCAUUUUCCUUCAAACUCUACACUCAAUCCCCACCGUCCAAACCCACCACCAACAUCAAGAUGUCGUUGGAGACCAUCGAACAUGUGGUCCUCUUCAAGGUCAAGGACAACACCGACCCAUCCAAGAUCAACGCGAUGGUCAACGGCCUGAACGCCCUGAUCUCCCUCGAGCAAGUCGUCCACAUCACAGCCGGUCCAGUCCUCCGCACCAGAUCUCAGCCCCUCACCUUCACCCACGUCCUCCAUAGCCGUUACAAAUCCAAAGACGACCUCGCCGCCUACUCGGCUCACCCUAGCCACGUCAGCGUCGUCAAAGAAAACGUCCUCCCCAUAGUCGACGACAUCAUGGCCGUCGAUUGGGUCUCCUCCUCCGACGACGAAGGCCACGUGUACUCGGUCCCUUCUGGUUCGGCUGUAAAACUCACUUUGUUAAAGCUCAAGGAGAACCUGGGCGAAGAUGUGAAAUCCGAGAUCUUCAGGGCUAUAAAAGGAAUUAAAGAUAGCUUCCCACAGAUUAGUCAGAUUUCUUAUGGAGAAAACUUCUCGCCCGCCAGAGCAAAGGGGUACACGCUGGCCUCACUCGCGGUUUAUCCUGGAGUUAGCGAUUUGGAAGCCGUGGAUUCGAAUCACGAGUUUGUGAAUUCGCAGAAGGAUAAGGUUAGGGAUUACCUGGAGAGUGUGGUCGUCGUUGAUUACGUGGUCCCUUCGCCACAAUCCGCGAGUCUUUGAUGGUAUUUACUAGUGCUAUUUAUGUUACCAGUAAAAAAAACCCAAAGCCUGAUAAAAAAAUUACUACUAAUAAUAAGCUUUACCUUUAUUUCGAAUCACGGCGCAAUUGGAUAAAUUCUGAAUUAUGAAAUGCAAUGUUUUAUGCAGUCAUUUUAUUGGAAA